GCAUCUCUGACUCCGUCUAUCUACUUACACAACCUCACUGUUACUUUUCUGUAUAUUUAACGUUAAUAACAUGCAUCCUUACGGAGGAGUACCAUAUUGUCCAAGAUGCUCAAAGGCGGUCUACGCGGCAGAGCAGAUUAUGGGCCCCGGACGGAUGCUCUAUCAUAAGCCAUGCUUGGCUUGUACAACUUGUAACAAACGUCUAGACUCACUCUCGUUGAUGGAACACGACAAAGAACCAUACUGUAAACAAUGUUACAACAAGAGUUUCGGACCGCGAGAUCUCCGACAGGCCAAUCUCCCACAUCGUGACGACCUGCCACCGCCGCUAUCCACGUCCCCUGUGCGGCCCACCCUCACCGGCUCUCCGGCGAGAUCAUUCAGGAGCACUUCACCUACCCGAGAGGAGAUAGAGACGGAGGCGCGGUUUGAGCGGGCAAAGAGAGGUCCACCAGAACGCAUCGGUUCCCCAUCGAGCUCAGUACAAGCGAGAGUGCUUGCGAAGCGGAUGGAGAACCUUGCUGUCAGUGAAGAGGCUGAGAAGGCGCUCAUUAGACCAGAGGAUGAUUCUAGCCCAGUAAACGGCGACUUCGACAGAAUUGAAGAGGAGGAAGAGGACGACGAGGACGAGGGUUUCGAGAGACAAAGAAAGCCAGAGGAGCGGGAAUUUGAACGCAGCACACCUGGCAUCCCGCGUACGAUUCCUCUCACCCCAACACACCUUGCACGCAGCCAAAGCGCAGGUGCCUCUCCGCGACCUCAUAGUCCAACGUCUCCGAUAUCCGCUUCACACGCUCUACCAGGCUCGCCUACACCUUUGAGGCAAACAAUGACAGGAACGCGUUAUGGUGCCGCACUGGCCGGUCAAAAUACGGGUACAGGCAACGGGCGCGGGGGUAGUCCACGGUUUGCAAUGCCGGGCACGAGCACGCCCUUAUGUGCACGCUGUUCCAAGCCUGUUUACUUUGCGGAACAAGUGAAAGCGAAUGGACGGGUAUUUCACAAGCCGUGCCUGCGUUGCACAGAUUGUAAUACUGCUCUAGAUUCGGCCAGACUCGCGGAAAAGGGCGAAAAAGUUGUGUGUAGGAGCUGCUAUAGCAAACUUUAUGGCCCUAAAGGAAGUGGAUAUGCUCUAUUGGGCAAGGCGGGUGCUUGAAUAUCACAUACUAUUUGCUGAGAAGGAUCAAAGAAGAAAUGUAUAUGUAUAAUGUUAACGACCUGUCCUUAUUUUCCUAACUUAUACCCUUUGUGCCUGUAUCCAUUGUAUGUGCUGUUUCAAUGAUAUGCCUAUACGGAUGGGUUUGGGGUUAACUCACAUUGUAAUGCGC